CUCGGCUAAAUCCUUUUCAACCGGACCGGCCACAUCAGCUGAAGCUGUCCCGACUUUCGUCCUUUCGGGACCCUGUAUUUUCGGACCAGUAUCGAGCCCCUUGGGUAAAGCACGCCCAGUGCGCGCCGCAGCCCGAACCCCGGCCACAGCCCCGACCCCGGACCAGAGCGCCGCGCCCGUUCCAUCCACCGUCUUACCCCCGCACGUGUGACGUACCCGUGCAUGCGCCAAGCAUGUCGGCUCCUCAACCGCAAAACCAAGCACCCCCGGCGGUGCCGAUGGCAGGCAUCGUCAAGCAGGUCCUGUCUGGGGACACGGUAGUGAUCCGUGGGCAGCCCCGGGGUGGUCCGCCGCCCGUGCGGACCCUCUACCUGUCCAACAUCACGGCCCCCAAGCUGGCCAAGCGUCCCACCGAGACCAUCAGUGAGACCAAGGACGAGCCCUUUGCCUGGGAGGCCCGGGAGUUCCUGCGCAAGAAGCUGGUGGGCAAGGAGGUGAUCUUCUUUGUGGAGUACAGCGUAAGCAACCGGGACUACGGCACUGUUUACCUGGGCAAGGACAGGAGCGGCGAGAAUGUUGCAGAGUCCCUCGUGUCCGAGGGUCUGGUGGAUGUUCGGCAAGGAGGCAAGGGGGAGAGCCACCAGCGCCUCUGCGACCUCCAGGAGGUGGCGAAGUCGGCCGGGCGGGGCAAGCACGGCCCGGACGCGAGCUCGCACGUGCGGGACGUCAAGUGGACCCUGCGGGACAACGAGGACCCCCGGACCUUCGUGGACCGACACGGCCGGAAGCCCAUUCCAGCCGUGGUGGAGCACGUGCGGGACGGCUCCACCGUGCGGGUCAUGCUGCUGCCGGAUUUCCAUUACAUCACGCUCAUGCUGUCCGGCAUACGGUGCCCGUCGACGCGUCCGGACGAGUCCUCCUCGGGGGCGGAGUCUCCCCUGGUGGAGGAGGCCAAGUACUUCACGGAGAGCCGGCUGCUGCAGAGGGACGUGGAGGUGGUCCUGGAGGGGGCCACCAACCAGAACUUCACCGGCUCCGUGCUGCACCCCAAUGGCAACAUUGCAGAGGGGCUGCUGAAAAACGGCUUUGCCAAGUGCAUUGACUGGAGUCUGACAACGGUCACUGGAGGUUCUGAGAAGCUCAAGGCUGCCGAAAAGGAGGCCAAGGAGAAGCGGCUGCGGCUGUGGAAGGACUACUCCGCCCCCACCGCGGGGCUAGGGGCGGACGCCAAGUUCGAGGGCAAGGUGGUCGAGGUGAUCAAUGCGGACGCCCUCGUGGUGCGGCUCGAAGACGGAGAGCUGCGCAAGAUCUUCCUCUCGAGCAUACGGCCGCCCAGGCGGUCGGAGGAGACGAAGGCGAGCGGUGGGGAGUCCGGGGGCAAGGAGCGCAACUUCCGGCCCCUGUACGACAUCCCCUUCAUGUACGAGGCCCGGGAGUUCCUGCGCAAGAAGCUCAUUGGCAAGAACGUCCAGGUGGGCGUGGACUACAAGCAGCCAGCCUCCAACUCUUUCCCGGAGAAGACCUGCUGCACCGUCACCAUCGGCGGCAUCAACGUGGCGGAGGCCCUGGUGAGCAAGGGCCUGGCGACGGUGGUGCGCUACCGGCAGGACGACGACCAGCGCUCGGCCCACUACAACGAGCUGCUGGCCGCGGAGAUGAAGGCCCAGAAGUCCAGCAGGGGCCUGCACUCCAAGAAGGACGCCUCAGGACACAGGGUCGUCGACCUGUCCGGGGACCCGGCCAAGUCGAAGCAGUUCCUGCCCUUCCUCCAGCGGGCCGGCAAGAUGGAGGCCGUGGUGGAGUUUGUGGCCAGCGGGUCCCGGCUGCGCCUCUACAUCCCCCGCGAGAACUGCCUGGCCACUUUUCUGCUUGCCGGCAUCUCGUGCCCGAAGGCCUCGCGACUCCAGGGUGGCCAGCAGGUGGAAGGGGAGCCCUUUGGCAACGAGGCCCUCGCCUACACCAAGGGACUCUGCCUGCAGAGGGAGGUGGAGGUUGAAGUGGACGCCAUGGACAAGGCAGGCAACUUCAUCGGAUGGCUGACGGUGGAGGGGGUGAACCUGUCGGUGGCCCUGGUGCGGGAGGGCCUGGCUAGCGUGCACUUCACGGCGGAGCGCAGCGCCCACUUCCGGGCCCUGCAGCUGGCCGAGGAGCAGGCCAAGCAGCGUCGCGACCGCAUCUGGGCCGGCUGGGAGGAGCCCUCCGAGGAGGCCAAGCAGGCCGAGGUGGUCUCGGAGCGCAAGGUCACCUACAAGAACGUCUUGGUCACCGAGGUCAAGCCGGACCUCUCCUUCUACGUACAGUUCUUCGACGACGGACCGAAAGUGGAGGAGAUGCUGACACUGCUGAGGCAGGAGCUGACGGAGCACCCCCCGAUGCCGGGCGCCUACGCCCCCAAGAAGGGAGACCUGUGUGCAGCCAAGUUCAGCGAGGACGACCUCUGGUACAGGGCCAAGGUCGAGAAGGUCUCCAGUUCCGGCGAAGUGGACAUCUUCUUCAUUGACUACGGCAAUCGGGACAAGACGGACGUGAGCCGGCUGGCGCCCCUGCCCUCGCUGGGCAUCCGGGACUUGCCCCCUAUGGCCCGGGAGUACUCGCUGGCCCUGGUGGCCCUGCCCAAGGACCCCGAGCAGGCCCAGGAGGCCCGCCAGGCCAUGGUACAGCUGACGGCCGAGGCAGCCCUGCAGCUGAACGUGGAGUACCGGGUGGGGGGCCAGGACUUUGUGACCCUGCUGGUCAAGGAGGGCGGCCUGGACGUGGGCAAGAGCCUGCUCCAGGAGGGCUGGGUGCUGCUGGAGGAGCGCAGGGACCGCCACCUCCAGGACCUCGUCCGGGAGUAUGCCCAAGCUCAGGACUCUGCCAAGGCUAAGCGGCUGAACCUCUGGUGCUACGGGGACGUGACAGAGGACGACUCGAAGGAGUUCGGAUGGGGACGCUGAGACACCCCCCAAGAGACGCCACGGCACAAAGUCAACCUCCGCUCAUCGAUGUUGCGCCAACCACGAAAGUGAACUUGGAAAGAGAGUAAAAAAAAGGGGUGUGGGAUGAAAGGAACAAUGGCUUUUUGGGCGGCCCCGCUGCCAGCAAGGCGUUCGUCGUGCAGCAGGUGGUUCGUCGAGCAACCGAGGAAAUUGCGGCUUCUGUGCGGAGAGACGACAGCCUUCCACGUUCUGUAUACUAUUGAAAAUGACUCGCACCGCUGGAGAGAGGGUUUGUUACACGGUUGUCAGGCGCUGCCUCCCUUCCCCUCUGCCUGGGACCUAGGGGGAGGCGGCCAUGUUUUACGUGCAGUGUUGGGUAGCAGAUCUCACGCGGCACCCGUUCGGUCCGAAAGAACGUUCGUAUACUUUUUGACUUGAUUUGUCUUUUUUUUAAUAAAGGAGUUGACUUUGGA